CUCUGGACAGUUUAAUUCAGACGCGCAACCGUAGAAGAGGUGUUCCACUCGGUGCAAGUACCAAAGAGUGUGUCUUACCUUAGUCGCUUUUGGUAUUUUUUAAUUAAAAUUUCCUGCCCUGCAGUAACCUAAAGAAGUAGCUCGGUUGCACGUAGUUAAUUAGUUUGAAAUAGGAAAUAAUAAUUCAUAAAUAUAAAUACUGCAACAAAGAAGUAAUUUUAAAAGGCGCGCUCAGUAUUUAUUGGUGUUAUUAGGUCUUCUGCUGAUUUGAGUGCGAAGUACGAAAAAAGUUCUUUAGAAUAAAUUAUCUUAAUUCUCGCAGAACAAACGUUUUGACACUGACUUGAAUGAAAGAAUCUGACAAUGUACUGAGACUCCAAAUUAUCCCAACAAUAAAAGAAGUAAAAGUGCGCCAAGUGUCGGAGGUUCGGCGUCGAGUGAAUGAACGUAGGAUAGUUUGUAGUAAAUCUAUCUUUUGUGCACAGAACGGCAAAAAAUCUAAGAAAAGAAAAGAAAAGUGGCAUUUUUCUCCAAUCAUUGAAUAAUUGUGUUUUGGGGCAUCUUGAAAAGGCUAAAAGCCUGCUAAUGUUAAUGGCAAUAUAAUUGUUGUUUGUGAUGAAGAAUUCGGGUUAAUUUGAUUUGCUGUUGUUCUCACUAUUGUCAUUGUUGUUGGCUGCCUUCGCGAAGAAAGAGAAAAGUUUAAGAAUUAAGUCGGCAUUCGUCCAAAGUGUUUUAAAACGUUGUGACUGAAACGGUUGCCGACCUAUCCGUCUUCGUUCGUCCUUGCGCGUAUUUCGUUUCUGCAAGUGCUAUCGCGCCGGAUUAUAAGUGCCAUUAAGAUGUAUCUUUUGAGAUUUAUAGUGAUUACCCUGAUUUAUUCAUGGGGACGUGCAUUUGAAAUUGGACCUUCAAAUCAGAAUUACACCGACAAAUUACAAACACUUCGAAUGCAACUAUCCAUAAUUAAUAUUAAACAAUUCGAAAGAUUAAUUGAUGGAGUUUGCGUGCCGUCGUGUUUUAUCGCUGUUGUCGCCGCACAAGGAUGGCAGGAUACUCAGUUCUACCCAGACUACCAAACAUUUGAUCCUGGGUAUCACAGUCCACCCAGCAUACAGCAGCAACAGCGACACCAAAGCUAUAAUUCAGAAUCAUCGAAAUCAUCUUAUACUCCAAUCGCAACCAUUUAUCAAACUCGACCGCACCGUCAGCAGCAACAGCAAAUUCAGCAAUGUGAGUGCAAAAGAGUUAAAGACUGUCCUGCAAUCUUGGAAAGGAUCUAUCAAUCACAGAUCUCAGUGUCAGAUUGGCUUCUAUCGAAUUUACCCGAUGAACAGUGCGGCUUUUAUCCAAAUGAGGCCGUAGUUUGUUGCCCAAAAGCUAGCCCUAAAGUGACAGUGAUAAAAUCGACCACAGAGAAACCCUGGAUUUGGGAAAUCACCAAGAAUGUCCCAGACGUUCCUUCGAAAACCAGCCACAAUAACAAUUUCGAGCAAAGUUAUGAAAGAUGGGAUCAUACACAAUUUAAUAAAUAUAUUGCAACCACCGCCUCGCCAGUGAAAGUAAUUCGCGGAAAGCCUCAUAAUUAUUAUAACAACUUGAAAUACAGCGACGACGAUUAUCAUUAUAAUUUGAUCGACUUUGAAGAUCCAGAUACCCACAAGAACUGCCCACCUAGCUUCAAUGACGAGUUCGAAAUGCCUUUUUCAGAUAAACCAGUCCAUUCAUCGAAACACAGAAGUCCAAUUCCUACCCCGAAACCAAACACCUCCACAUCGAACCGUCGUGGUAGUAUCAAGCCCCCAUCGCGGCGCCGAUUUCAAAAUCAAGGAACCCAACUGAAUCAAGUUAGCGCAGUACAGAACCAAAAAGUCAGUAGUCGACAGCCUGUUAAGAGGUUCGUGAACUCACCCCUGUGCGGAAUUUCAGUGAAUACGAGAAUUGUCGGGGGACGGGAAAUCGCUCCAGGACAAUUUCCUUGGAUGGCACGUCUUGCAUAUCGAAAUCGCACAUCUGGAAAAUUGACCUAUAGAUGCGCUGGAUCAGUCAUAAGCGAUCGUUACAUUGUGACAGCGGCUCAUUGCGUCACGAAUCUUGUUAGCUCCUUAGAAGUAUUUUUGGUUCGUGUAGGUGAAUUAGAUACCAAGAGAAAUCUGGAUUGCGAACUAAAUCCGGUGACAUGUGUUAUACCACAAGACUACGAUAUCCAAAAAAUCAUCCCCCAUGAGAAAUAUGACUCUCCCAAGUAUGCUAAUGAUAUUGCCUUGAUAAAGUUGGUACGACCAUUGAAUGCAACUGAAAUAACCCCAAUUUGCUUACCUGUAGAUGAGUUAGCCAGUGCGGAUAAGAAACUUACUGGGAAAACAGGAAUUAUUGCAGGCUGGGGUUCAAAAAUUGCAGUUCCUGCAGGGGGUGUAAAACAAAAUCCUUCGCUUCAAUAUGUUCUUCUCCCUAUCGUCAAUCGAACCAAAUGCGCUACCUCAUAUGCUCAGUUCAGUGCGAAUUCCCGAACUCCAAUCAUUGUUACGGAAUCUCAAAUUUGUGCGCAGGGAAUGGAAAACAUGGAUGCAUGCCAAGGCGACAGUGGCGGCCCAUUGAUGAUUGAAGGGCCUUCAACAAAUGCCCGAUUCACUUUGCUGGGCCUUGUAUCCUUCGGGCCACGAACGUGCGGAGUAUCGAAUUUCCCAGGAGUAUAUACAAGAGUUUCUGCAUAUGUGGAUUGGAUAGUUUCAAAUAUGAAUUAAAUUGUGAUUCAGUUUAUUUAUUCAAUUAGACCAUAAGUAACUUUAUUAAAAUUUUUCCUAGGAUUUAGAAUUUUUUUACGGUUUAUUUUAUGCAUAGUCAUACACGACUUUUGAUAGUGUCAAGCACAAAAUCAACAUCUGUAAAUAUUCCUCUGCCUCACUUGCCUCUAGGAAAAAAACAAGAAACACAAAGUUGUAGUAUUAGUAAAUACUUGAAAUUGUAAGGUCAGUUUAAAUGACACGUAUACUUAAUGAAACACACACAUAUACAAUAUAUAAUACAAAUUGUAGCGACGAUAGUAAAGAGAAUUUAUAAAUUGCAUUCACUUGA